GCACCUGGUCGCAGACCGCAACGUUUAAACACUCCACGAAGCGUGUAAUCAGGGGCCGUUGGCAAAUUACCUGCGCGGGCCCCCCCGACAUUGCCCACCAUGUCGUCCACCGGCACCGGCUUCCUGGGCCGCUCGAGCAGCAGCAACUCGAAUAUGCGAGGUCUCGUCCAGUUUAUUGCCGAUUUGAGAAACGCUCGUGCCCGAGAGCUUGAGGAGAAGCGAAUCAACAAGGAGCUCGCCAACAUCCGCCAAAAGUUCAAGGAUGGCAGCCUCAGCGGCUAUCACAAGAAGAAAUACGUCUGCAAGCUGCUGUACAUUUACAUCUUGGGAUGGAACGUCGACUUUGGUCACCUCGAGGCAGUCAACCUGAUUUCUGCAAACAAGUACUCCGAGAAGCAGAUUGGCUAUCUCGCCAUGACUCUUUUCCUGCACGAGAAGCAUGAACUGCUUCACCUUGUCGUCAACAGCAUCCGCAAGGACUUGCUCGAUCACAAUGAACUCUUCAAUUGCCUUGCUCUUCACGCAAUUGCGAAUGUCGGAAGCCGAGAGAUGGGAGAGGCCCUCAACGGAGAGGUCCACCGACUAUUGAUUUCACCGACCUCCAAGUCAUUUGUCAAGAAGAAGGCCGCCUUAACCUUGCUUCGAUUGUACCGCAAGCACCCAGACAUUGUCUCACCUCAAUGGGCUGAGCGCAUUAUCCACCUGAUGGAUGACGCUGACCUGGGAGUUGCCCUCUCUGUGACCUCGCUCGUCAUGGCCCUGGCCCAGGACAACUUGGACCAGUACAAGGGUGCAUAUGCCAAGGCGGCUGCCCGCUUGAAACGCAUCCUUAUCGACGGAGAGUAUACCACCGACUACCUCUACUACAAAGUACCAUGUCCCUGGCUCCAGGCCAAGCUCCUCAGACUUUUGCAAUAUUUUCCUCCCCCUGAUGACACCCACGUGCGAGACAUGAUCCGAGAGUCGCUGCAAAAAAUCCUGAACCUGGCCAUGGAGACGAGCAAGAAUGUACAGCAGAACAACGCCCAGAAUGCAGUCCUCUUCGAGGCUAUCAACUUGAUCAUCCACUUGGAUACUGAGCACGGAUUGAUGAAGCAAAUCUCCUUGAGACUUGGCAAGUUCAUCCAGAGCCGGGAAACCAAUGUGAGAUACUUGGGUUUGGAAGCUAUGACCCAUCUCGCGGCUCGAGCCGAAACUCUUGAUCCAAUCAAGCAGCAUCAGGAUAUUAUCCUUGGCUCCCUCAAGGACCGAGAUAUCAGCGUGCGCCGCAAGGGACUCGACCUGCUCUAUAGCAUGUGUGACUCCUCCAAUGCACAGGUGAUUGUUGGAGAGCUCCUGCACUAUCUUCAAAACGCCGACUUCGCCAUCCGUGAAGAAAUGGUUCUUAAGAUCGCCAUUCUUACGGAGAAGUAUGCCACCGAUGUUCAGUGGUAUGUCGAUAUCUCUCUUCGACUGAUUGCAAUGGCCGGAGACCAUGUCAGCGAUGAAGUGUGGCAGCGAGUAAUCCAGAUCGUGACGAACAAUGAGGAGCUUCAGGUUUACGCAGCUCAGAAUGCGCUCCAGUAUGUUAAGUCAGACCACUGCCACGAGACUUUGGUCAAGAUCGGAGCCUACAUCUUGGGAGAAUUCGGCCAUCUUGUUGCCGAUCAACCUCGAUGUAGCCCGAUUGAACAGUUCAUGGCUUUGCAAGGAAAACUCAACGGAUGUUCGUCCAGCACCCGCGCCAUGAUUCUAUCCUGCUUCAUCAAAUACGUCAACCUAUUCCCGGAGAUCAAGCCUCAGCUCAUGCAUGUGUUCGAGUUCCACAGCCACAACUUGGACUCUGAACUGCAACAGAGAGCCUGCGAGUAUCUGACCCUAGCACAAAUGCCUACAGAUGACCUUCUGAGAACCCUCUGUGACGAGAUGCCCCCAUUCCCCGAGAGGCAAUCUGCGCUUCUUUCUCGCCUUCAUCAGAAGCAUGCCAAUACCAGCGAUCGAAGGACCUGGGUGGUUGGUGGCAAGGACGCCAACACGGAUGUCUCCGAGCUGAGCAUGGCUAAGCCUGGGGCUGUGAAGAGGUCAUUCAGUUCCACAGCUAAUCUAAAUGGCAAGGCUAAUGGUCCUAAUGGCGCCAACGGUCACGCCAACGGGGCUUCUGACUUGGCUGGACUUGAUAUGAACACUCCCGGUCCCUCUGAGCCAAAGAUGUUGAAGGCACCAAACCUUGCCAGUGCGGCCCAUUUGUCCCCUGGCUGGGAGCAUGGCUACAAUAGGUUGCUAGUCAAGUCUGAUGGCAUUUUGUAUGAAGACGGCCAGCUCCAAAUCGGCGUUCGUUCCGAGUACCGUGGCCAGAUGGCCUGCUUGAUCACAUAUUUCAAGAACAAGACGCCUACUGCAAUGGGCUCAUUCACGACAACUUUGGAUUUGGACGAGAGCGAGAAGAGCAACCUCACCUGGGAUGUUAAGAACCUCCCAGACAGCACAAUUCCACAAGGGGGACAGUCUCAACAGGUGGUCAUGUUUGAGUCGAAGAAGGUUUUUGAAAAGAGCCCGACUGUCAGAAUCAGUUAUCUGGCUGGUGCCUUGCAGGCUCUGACUUUGAAGCUCCCUGUGACAAUCCAUAAGUUCAUGGAUCCGGCCGAGCUUACUGCCGAGGACUUUUUCAAGAGAUGGAAGCAAAUUGGUGGUGCCCCUCGAGAAGCUCAAGGUGUCUUUGGGGUCUCUAAGGGGAACAGGGAGAUCACGGAGAAAUUCGUUUCUGGCACUGUGGAAGGAUUCAGGUGGCGGCUGCUCGACAUGGUUGAUCCCAACCCUAAGAAUCUUGUCGGUGCGAGUGUGUUGCACACAGCUGAAGGUGGCAAGUUUGGCUGUCUCCUGAGACUUGAGCCAAACUACACUACCCAGAUGAUCCGGUUGACUAUUCGCGCAACUGACGAUGCUGUUCCAACAGUGCUUCUGAAGCUCAUGCAGGACCGGCUAGCUGCUGGGGUGUCGACGGCGGGUGAGAGAUUUGAGCCGCCCUCGCGAGACGAAAUCUCGGACUCGUUUCGGAAUGUGAUGGUCAACUGAUCCGCAUGCCGAUGUCUUCCUUCUAUAUAAUUCACGUGAACGGAGUUGUCUUGAUAUCGCACACAAGCAUACGGGCGUUUGGGAUCUAGCAUGAGGAACGGACUGGACGAAAUGCUCGAUUGGUCUUUAAUCAUCGCC